AUGGGAUUCAAGACAUUUACAAAAGUUUUCGGAGUUGGUUCUGCCGCAGUAGCCGGUUCUUACAUCUUUGUAAAAAGGGAACAUGAAAAGUGCUCAAUACCUAAAAACACCAAAUAUAGUGUUCCAGAAAAAUUAAAAACAAGAAAUGAAAUGCUCAAUAAGUUAAAAACUGAAAAGUUUGAUGUUUUAGUUAUCGGAGGAGGAUGUACAGGAACUUCAGUUGCCCUGGAUUUGGCGACGCGUGGCGUAAACUGUGCGCUGGUCGAAGCCAACGACUUUGCUUCAGGUACAUCAUCCAAGAGCACAAAGCUACUUCACGGAGGAAUCAGAUACCUAGAAAACGCAAUUUAUAAGUUGGAUUUCAGAGAACUCCGUUUUGUUUGGAAAGCACUGGAAGAAAGAGCACACCUGAUAGGCUCACUUCCCUACGCUAAUUAUCCCAUUCCAAUUGUUAUGCCAAUUUAUCAGUACUGGCAACUGCCAUAUUUCUGGGUUAACAUCAAGGUGUACGAAAUGCUGGCGAGAUUCUUCUGUUGCAACGAAACAAAGAUUCCAAGCUCAUUUUAUAGUGACAAGUCCAACGCCCUGUUUAAUUUCCCAGGCCUGAGAACCAACGGGCUCCUAGGAGCAGUUGUGUACUACGACGGACAACAUAACGACUCCAGAACCAACUUGAUGAUGGCCCUCACGAGCACAGUGAACAACUAUGUUCCAGGCCAGAAGGGUUCAACAGUUUGCAACUACGUUAAGGUCAAGAAGAUUCUCAGAGACCCAGAUACAAAUACCGUAAAUGGAGCCGUAGUUGAAGACGUUCUAUCAGGAGAAGAGUUCACAGUAAACACCAAGGUUGUUGUCAACUGCACCGGACCAUUUGCAGGAGAGACCAAGAGGUUGAAUGAUCCAGAAUCCGAUUUGUCAAUUUUACAUAGCAGAGGAACGCACUUAACACUUCCAAGGAAGUAUUGCCCUACACCUUACGGUCUGAUAAUUCCAAAAACCACAGAUGGGAGAGUCCUUUUCGUACUUCCAUGGCUUAAUGAAACCAUUAUUGGAACCACAGAUAAUAAAGACGACUUGGCCUGUAACCCGAAACCAACAAAAGAAGACGUUGAGUUCAUAACAAAGGAUGCAUCAAUUUACAUGAAUUGCCCAAAUGAACAAUUAAAAUCUGAAAUCAAGUCACUCUGGUCAGGCUUGAGACCUCUGAUCAAGGGAGUGGAUGAGGUAAAUCAAACUGGAAAGUUGUCAAGAGGCCAUAUCAUUGAAGUAGAUAAAACAGGCAUGGUUAAUGUGUACGGAGGAAAGUGGACUAUCUGCCGCCUAAUGGCACAGGAUUGCGUUGACGAGCUGCUCAAGUUCUACAAGGACCUGAAACAAAGCUAUAAAUGCCGUACAAGAAAUUUAGUACUAUUAGGUACACAUGACAAGGACGGGAAUUCUAACUUUGAUGAAAUCAGACCAAGAUUUAAUCUCCUCUCCUACAAACUUAUGAAAGACUACGGAGUCGACCAUGACACCGCAAACCACUUGGUGGAAAGUUACGGAUACAAGUCAGAGGACGUAUGCAAGCUGUCAAAGGAGAAUAAUUUGUUAAGCAAGAUCCAUGAAAACUACCCGUACCUACUCGGAGAGGUGGUUUAUGGAAUCAGAAAUGAACUCGCAUGUACUCCAGUAGACGUACUGGCAAGGAGGACAAGGCUGGCAUUUCUAGACGCAAAAGCAGCUCUUCAGAGUCUGGACAAGGUGGUUAGCGUGAUGGAGAAGGAGCUGAAUUGGAGUCCUAAGACCAAAAAGGCACUGUAUCUUGAAGCUCAAGAUUACUUCCAGCAAAUGUCACACAUCCCAUAA